UACCUGAGCGAGAGGCGCACCAGAAAGCCCACGUUGGCUGCUGCGGAGAGCGCAGCGCCGAGAGGCGGGAGACUGCGAAUUGCGUCUCGGACGCCGCGUCCACUGCUCCGAGCAUCGGCCCCCUUCCCUCCUAUCCCUUUUGUGAGCGGGGUUUGCAGGGCAGCCGGGAGAGCACUGAGCGGAAAGGAAGAUUCUUGACGCCCCCGCUUGGGGAGUCGAGCUGCGCCGGGAGAUUUUGUGGGGAAGCGACAGUGCCCGAGGGCGGAGGGGCGAGGAGUUUGUGAGCGAGAAGGGAGUUAAGCCUCGCGGAGAAGAUUGGCGUCCCCGGACUCCUGGUCGCCACAGCCCGGGCCCUACGGCGGGAUAAACUUCACGGCGGCUGAGCGAGACCGGGAAAGCUUGCGCGGGGAUGCUGCCUGGCAUUUCCCCCAGCUGGUGAGCGGUCCCACUCCCCCGCCGACCCGGGACCCACUCAGCCACCCAGGAGGGCGCGGGACGGCGCACGUGCGCGGGCAGCGAGGCGGCCCGAGAGCGACCCCGUGGUGACCUGCCCGGGGUCAAGGGCGCCGGCUGCAGAGCAGCCUGGACUCGGACGCACCUGGCCUGGACCUUGCGCUUCUAGAGACCAGCGCGGGAGUGCGGUUCUCCGGCCCCCUACGCCUCCCCUGCAUCCUGGGCAACUGGGGGCGCCCCAGUGGACCAUGAGAGAUAAGGACUGAGGGCCAGGAAGGGGAAGCGAGCCCGCCGAGAGGUGGCGGGGGCUGUUCACGCCAAGGGCCACAGCGGCCGCGCUCCGGCCUCGCUCCGCUGCUCCACGCCUCGCGGGGCCCACGGGGCCAGCCCGGCCGGGCAGGGAUGCCGGGGCUGGGGCGGAGGGCGCAGUGGCUGUGCUGGUGGUGGGGGCUGCUGUGCAGCUGCUGCGGGCCCCCGUCGCUCCGGCCGCCCCUGCCGGCCGCCGCCGCCACCGGCGGGGGUGCGCUGCUGGGGGCUGGCGGGAGUCCGGGCCACGCGGAGCAGCCGCCGCCGUCCUCCUCCUCGGGUUUCCUCUAUCGCCGGCUCAAGACACACGAGAAGCGGGAGAUGCAGAAGGAGAUUCUCUCGGUGUUGGGGCUCCCUCACCGGCCCCGGCCCUUGCAUGGCCUCCAGCAGCCGCCGCCUCCUGCGCUCCCGCAGCAGCAGCCUCGCGGGGAGCCCCCUCCCGGGCGGCUAAAGUCCGCGCCCCUCUUCAUGCUGGAUCUGUACAACGCCUUGUCUAACGACGAGGACGAGGACUGGCCGUCGGGCGAGGAGAGGCGGCAGCCCUGGCCCCGGAGAGGAGCCGGCGCGUCCCAGCCCAGGCAGCCGCCCCCCGGAGCUGCGCACCCCGUCAACCGCAAGAGCCUGCUGGCUCCGGGACUUGGCGGCAGCGGCACGUCCCCACUGACCAGCGCGCAGGACAGCGCCUUCCUCAACGACGCGGACAUGGUCAUGAGCUUUGUGAACCUGGUGGAGUACGACAAGGAGUUCUCCCCUCGCCAGCGACACCACAAAGAGUUCAAGUUCAACUUAUCCCAGAUUCCUGAGGGUGAGGCGGUGACGGCUGCAGAAUUCCGAAUCUACAAGGACUGUGUUGUGGGGAGUUUUAAAAACCAAACUUUUCUUAUCAGCAUUUAUCAAGUCUUACAGGAGCAUCAGCACAGAGACUCUGACCUCUUUCUGCUGGACACCCGCGUGGUGUGGGCCUUGGAAGAAGGCUGGCUGGAAUUUGACAUCACGGCCACUAGCAAUCUGUGGGUCGUGACCCCACAGCACAACAUGGGGCUUCAGCUGAGCGUGGUGACUCGGGAUGGACUCAGCAUCAACCCCCGAGCUGCAGGCCUGGUGGGCAGAGACGGCCCGUAUGACAAGCAGCCUUUCAUGGUGGCUUUCUUCAAAGUGAGUGAGGCCCACGUGCGCACCACGCGGUCAGCCGGCGGUCGGCGGCGCCAGCAGAGUCGCAACCGCUCCACCCAGGCCCAGGACGUGUCCCGGCUCUCCGGCGCUUCAGAUUACAACAGCAGUGAGUUAAAAACAGCCUGCAGGAAGCAUGAGCUUUAUGUGAGCUUCCAAGACCUGGGAUGGCAGGACUGGAUCAUUGCACCCAAGGGCUAUGCUGCCAAUUACUGUGACGGAGAAUGCUCCUUCCCACUCAACGCACAUAUGAAUGCCACGAACCAUGCGAUCGUCCAGACACUGGUUCACCUUAUGAAUCCUGAGUAUGUCCCUAAACCGUGCUGUGCGCCAACUAAACUAAAUGCCAUCUCAGUUCUUUACUUUGAUGACAACUCCAAUGUUAUCUUGAAGAAAUACAGGAAUAUGGUUGUAAGAGCUUGUGGAUGCCACUAACUUGAAACUGGUUGCUGGGGUCAGAGGUACUGCCUUGGACUCCUAGCUUACACCUGCCUUAAGCAGCACACUGACGCAGUGAAAGUGGGAUGAUGACUUUGAAACCAUCUCUUGCCGGUUGGUGCCUUACUGCCCAAGGAAGACGCUAAAGGGGCUCAGUAAUGAUUUGCCCACGUAGUAAAUAACGUGAGUAGUUGGUCUGUAGGAGGCUAUCUGAAUGUCUGUAGUAUGGAAUCUGGACAUUGCAGAAACAGAACUUUGAAGGGUCCCUCUUCCCCCAUAAAAGCCCACCAAAAUUAGUUUUAGCUUUCUAUCAAGCUAUUUGUGGUAUUAUUGAGUAAACAGGGAAAAUAAUUUUAGAGAAGUGUAAGUAUUCUUGGCUGAAGUAUCAGCCAAUUUAGAAUGUUUCUCAAAAAUAGAUCUACACUUAACAGAAAUGGGGGGUGGGGGGAAUGCCUCUAUUCAAGGAUUUCAUUCCCAGGAAGGCCAGUUUUAAUCA